AUGUCUCUUAACAUAGAUAUUGCAGCACAUCUUGCAGAAAAACCUCUCGGGAAAGUAUUACGAUCAUUCCGCAGCCUUUACAAAGACAACUUUCCCUCCCCGCAAGCAAAGGUAUUCGGCAAUCCCAAAAAUGCAGACGAAUGUCGAGAGCCUCUUGAAAAUCUCAUUGUUAUGUUUAUUGCUUACAUUCAAAGGAGUUUCGAUACACCUACUCAGGUUAAAAAACUUCUCUCACGGUUGAGAACUAUAGAAAGCUGGAUGUACUCCACGACUUUUGACUUGGUCCCUUUUGAGCCAGUAGCAAGUUUAAUUAUGAACCAUGCGACUGACCUUGAAAUUUGGAACUCACUCAUACUGCUUGUCGAUGAACUCGAAAAGAUCAUGUCAGCUACAGAAGAUCAGCUCGAAGAACUAGCUACUGAAUCCAUUUACCGACGAGUAGUAGAAUCAUCUGACGGGGCACAAAUGAACAUGGAGGAUCUGAAGCAAGCUUUGAGCGGAGAGUUGGAAGGCUCGGACCUAAUCAAAGGCUAUCGAAGCCCAAGUGAUUCGGCAACAAAUGAUGCUGCAAAUACUGCAGAAGAACGGGUUGGAUUAGCUUUCACUGGGGCUCAAUUUCACACUCUCGCAGCCGGAAAAAUCAUUGGAAACCAGACAAAGCGACAGGUAGAUUACUUCAUCAAAAGUCGAAACCUUCCGAUUGAGGACAGGCAUCAUUGGCGUGAUAUUCUUGUGGUAGGUGAACUUACGGUAUCUUCAUCCAAGGUUUCCCGGCAAACGUUUCUUCAGCUCAGUGUAUACAUGCGGGAAGUGUUCAUGGCUCAGCCACUUCGUCGAUUCGUGCACGGGUUCAUCCUCUUCGAGAAAGACCUGCAACUUUGGGUAUACGACCGAUCGGGACCGUAUUCUUGUUCAUACAUUGAUAUUGGCAAAUCACCAGAGAAGCUCGUGCAUGUCUUGCCCAACGUCAAAUACGAAGGUGAAGAUAUGAUAGUUCAUCUCGAGGUGCCCGGGUCGAAGGAAAUACGGAAGUUCACCUUGGAUCCCAACCCAAUCUCUCAACAGAAGGCAUACCUUUGUAGGGGAACAAGUUGCUAUAAAGACAGAACCCUCAGCUGCGUGGUCAAAUUCUCGUGGAGAAUAUGCGAUGGGCUUUCAGAGAUUGAGCUUCUUGAGAUGGCGGACAAUAUACCUGGGAUGGCAAAGAUUCUUGGAUCAGUUAAUCUGGUAAAAAUCAGCCAGCUUCGCGAAGGUCUUCUGUUCACCAAGAGCAUGGUCAAAGACACUCGUCCGACGGAGAAGAUCAUGACUACGCCAUACGACUUAAGUGGAGAGAUGAUACGGAUUCCGAAGGAAAGCGUGAAUAACCAACUGAGCCGAAAGCGAAAGAGGGAGGCACUUCAAGCUGAAAAAGAGAUGGCUGGAUCAAUUAAAAAAGCGCGAUCAAUGCAAGAAAGUAGGCAAAAUCAUUACGUGGAAAUGGAAGUUCUUACUAAUUACAACACAGAUACAACCGUGACCCAACAAGUUACGGAGUUGAAUCCACCUGUUUCCUCAUUGCAGGCGCUCAAAAUUCCAAACUCUGGCAGGGCAAUGAUCGUGGGAGGCUCUGCUUAUUCAGUCAAUCAAUCUUCCGGUAAAAGGAAAACUGCCGAUGAUGCCGAAGUAAACGACAGAUUGAAGAGAGUUCAACUGUCAAGUAACGCCGGCUUAAUUGCGAUGAAUAAUUCUGCGGGACCAAGCUCACUUCCUGAAAAGGCUCCAAAUCCACCAAAGUCAAGUGCCAAUGCUAGAUCAUGUAGUACGAAAGCGGUAAAAAUGGUAAACACUGGAGUCAUUAUUCCACGUGACCGUCAAUUUACCGCUGCCGGGAUCUCGCCUUACGGGCGGCCAAUUGAUAAGUUUAGAUCGGCACUGGAACUGAUCAUCGGGAUUAGCGAUGCCAUCAAGGCGCACCGGUCAUUACUGAUGGACGCUAAGAUAUGA